AGAGAGAGAGGAAGACACAGAACCUGAAGCAGGAUCCAGGCUCUGAGGUGCCAGCACAGAGCCCAACGUGGGGCUCGAACUCAUGAACCAGGAGAACAUGACCUGAGCCGAAGUCUGACGCUUAACCCCUGAGCCACCCAGGUUCCCCAGUCUUGUGAUUCUUUUAGGACUAUAUCAAGAUCAGUUAAUUCAGAAUAGAGAAGGACCCUGCUAUUAGAACGAAAUCACCUUUUUUUUGUAUUUAUGUUAGAAAACAUGUUACGCAGAUACAAAGUUUUUAAAACAUAACAGAAAAAAAAUAUCUGCCUCCAAGUCUGAGAAAUGCUGAACUUUAACAUCUUAGGGGGCCCAGUUCUUUACCCAUCACCCUGUGGAAGAGUUACGUUAGGAACGGAAUGAACUGAAGUGUGCUCACUGCCAGUCUUAACAAAAAAUGGUGGCAACUGGUGGAAAAGCUUAAUCUCACAGUUGUGAAUAUGCUUGCACUAAAAGGACCCUGAAAAGUCAGGCUUUUCUUUGGUAUAUGCACUUAACUCUGAAUUACAGUUUUCUUACUUGAAGUCGUCAAGUUGUCCAUACUGAAUUCCUUUCUAGGAAAUCGGGUUUACAGGAAAAGUAUCCCUGUCUGUGGCUAAGUCCUAGAGUAGGUAACGUAGAUCAGCAAUUAGUUGCCCUUCCGGAAUGCUUUUUAAAUCAGGAAAAGCCUUCCAUUAACCCAGUUUCCUUGAACCUUCCCGUCUUACUGGAGAAAUUCCCAACCUCUUAGAAAGCUCUCUCCUGCGCAGAGAAAAGGGAGAAGCCUAGGUGCGCUCGGCAGUCAGUUAACUGGGGUCACGUGGCCGUAGGUGCCCGCCCAGCGGAGCCGGUCCGCGGUGGGCCCCGCCCCCGGAGCCUGGAGGUCCGGGCGCCUGCUCGGUGCCGCUGGCAGAAGCGGUCGUCUCCGCCGCCGGGACGGGCCUGGGCAGAUGGCCGCCUGGGGGUGCCGAGCACUCGGAGGACCAGCCCGUGUGCCGGAGUAGGGCUUCGCCGCAGGGCUCGCUCGCAUGUGGAUUAACUCCAGAGGUUUUAAGGGAUACUUGGGAAAGCAUGGUGGCUCAUGAUGAGAUUGGAGGUCUCCUGCCCAUUAAAAGGACUAUCCGAGUCCUGGAUGUUAAUAAUCAGUCCUUCAGAGAACAAGAGGAGCCAAGCAAUAAAAGAGUUCGACCUCUCGCCCGGGUCACAUCCUUGGCAAACUUGAUCUCUCCUGUAAGAAAUGGAGCAGUCCGACGCUUUGGUCAAACAAUUCAGUCAUUUACCCUUCGUGGUGACAGCAGAUCCCCGGCUUCUGCCCAGAAGUCAUCGAGCAGAUCAACAGCCCCCACACCUUCCAAAAGGAGAAGCAGUGUGCUGUGGUCUGAGAUGCUGGACGUCAGCAUGAAGGAGUCUUUAACUACCAAAGAAAUCAAACGUCAGGAGGCAAUAUAUGAAAUGUCCCGAGGUGAACAGGAUUUAAUUGAGGAUCUCAAGCUUGCAAGAAAGGCCUACCAUGACCCCAUGUUAAAGCUGUCUAUUAUGUCAGAGGAGGAACUCACCCAGAUAUUUGGUGAUUUGGACGCUUACAUACCUCUCCAUGAAGAUCUGUUGGCAAGAAUAGCAGAAGCAACGAAACCUGGUGGAACAGUGGAGCAGAUCGGUCACGUUCUUGUGAACUGGUUGCCGGGCCUGAAUGCCUACAAAGGUUACUGUAGUAACCAGCUGGCGGCCAAAGUUCUUCUUGAUCAGAAGAAACAGGACCCGAGAGUCCAAGACUUCCUCCAGCGGUGUCUUGAGUCUCCCUUCAGUCGAAAACUAGAUCUUUGGAGCUUCCUAGAUAUUCCUCGAAGCCGCCUGGUCAAAUACCCUCUGCUAUUAAAAGAAAUUCUUAGACACACUCCAAAAGACCACCCUGAUGCUCAGCUUCUGGAGGAAGCUAUACUGAUAAUACAAGGAGUUCUGUCUGAUAUCAACUUGAAGAAAGGCGAAUCGGAAUGCCAGUAUUACAUUGACAAACUGGAGUAUCUGGACGAAAAGCAGAAGGACCCUAGAAUCGAAGCAAGCAAAGUGCUGCUGUGCCACGGGGAACUGAAGAAUAAAAGUGGACAUAAACUGCACAUAUUCCUGUUUCAAGACAUCUUGGUUUUGACGCGGCCUGUUACGCGAAACGAGCGUCCCUCUUACCAGGUCUAUCGGCAGCCGAUCCCCGUCCAAGAGCUGGUCUUGGAAGACCUGCAGGAUGGAGACGUGCGAAUGGGAGGGUCCUUUCGAGGGGCUUUCGGCAACUCGGACAAAGCCAAAAAUAUCUUUCGAGUUCGCUUCCAAGACCCGUGUCCGGGCCAGUCCCACACCCUGCAGGCCAACGACGUGUUCCACAAGCAGCAGUGGUUCAACUGCAUCCGCGCCGCCAUCGCGCCCUUCCGGCCGGCCGCCGGCGCACCCCAGCCGCCCGCGGAGGGUGAGGACAACACCCCCGCCGCGCCCCAGAGAAGGGCGUCCGUGGCCUCCGGUGUGACCCCGGUGGAAGUCGGCGGAGACGCUCCGGAGCGCGGCUCCCCGGGGCGCGCGGCGGAGGACACGAAGGGUGCGAGAGCUCAGCAGACACGGUCCGGCUUCCGGAAGGCCAGGGACACAGCCCCGUUCGGUGGCAAACGGAGAGAGACUUUGGUAUAAAGGGAGUUCUGUGUAUUCACUGGCGGAGAGACUGUUUAUUUAUAAAUGUGUACAGUUUUUUUUCUUGUGAUGUGAGCGUGGGAGCGUCGCAGGGCUACUACUUACGACCGGUCCUAACGUUUUCUGUGUUUUCGGUUGGUUUUGGUGGUUGUUCCUUUUUUUUUUUUUUUUUUUUUAAUGGCAGCUAAAGAUAUACGCAGAUUACUGUUAAACUGUAGCCCCCUCCCCCCCUUUUUUUUAAAGAUGUUUUCCUCAGAUUAUUUAGAACAUGCAAGCCUGGUAUUUUUAAUCAAAUGAAAUAUUUAUGAAAUGGAUUUUCUCUUUAUUCUGCAUUCAUGGUGACUUUCUAAUACCAACCGAUUGUGAUAUUUACAAUAUUUGCUAAAACCUAAAGUUUUGCAAAUAUGGGAUUUUACCAGUGUCUCUUUGAUAAACUUUACAUGCAACUAAAAUCUAUGUGGAAUAUGUUUGUAAUAUUUCAGAACUUACACUGAAACAUAAAUUCCUUGGAAAACAAACCAUAAGACUUAAUUAAGUUUUCCAUUGUAUCAACUGGAAUGCUUUAUAUUUGUUUUUCACUGCACAUUCCUCAUUUUUCAUCCAUUUAAACUGCCAAAUACUUAAUUUUUUUUAAUUUGUAAAGUAGUUUUUAGUAUUUGCUUUGAUUUUUUUUUUACUUCAAUGCUUUUGCCUUUUCAGUUGGCAUGUCUUUAAAGUAUUCUUCCUCUUUGAUUAAAAAUGUGUGUGUAUGUGUGUGUGUGUGUGUGUAUAUAUAUAUAUAUACAUAUAUAUAUCUUUUUUUUAAAUCAGUGACUUUACCAAGUGAAACCAAGCCAUACUGUUUUUGAGCCAAUUAAGAAAAUUGCAGUUUUUUAAAGUGUAGCAUUCAGAGUGGAGACCACACAUGAAAUGACUCCGUAUAUACUGAAAGAAAACUGCCAUAAGGAUUUUGUUAAAAGUUUUAGUGUUGUCUGAAAAGCAAGAGGGAAGGAAACUGACCGGUAAAAAGUUUAAAAAAAAAAAAAAGGG